UGUUAAUAUAUGACGUAAAUUUCCCUAAUUUGUUUCAUACAUGAAUGAAAUAUUGAUCCUCAAAACAAGAGAAAGAGAAAAAAAAAAACCAAACUAUAUAUAUGAGUCGUUUGUUGUUGGUGACAUGACAAAAUGACACAUCCAAGAAGAAGAAGAGACUAAAUUAAAUAUAAAAAAUAUCCAACACUCAAAAUGUUGAGAAUCUUUAACAGAAUUGUAACUACUUACAUCUCUUACAUAAAACUGUGUUUUUUAACUGGUAAUUACAUCAGCACUCCCACUGUAUAUAUAUACAUAUAGAUGAGCCUGUUUCUUGAUGUGAAGAAAAUCACUCAUACAAUACAAGAACAGUACUAACGAAGAGUAAUUAAGAAGAAGAAGGUCCAAUCCAACAAUGGCUACCGCUGAGAAACCAGUCAUGGUUCUUGGUUUCGACCAUGGAGAACAGAGCGAUUACGCUCUGGAGUGGACUCUCGACCACUUCUUCGUUCCUUUUGCUCCCAAUUUUCCCUUUCAACUCGUCAUCGUCCAUGCCAUUCAUAUUUCCCACCCAUUUAUCAAGCAAUUAGGCCCUGCGGUUGCAAAGGAAAGGGCAUUUGAGAUGAGCGCAGAGCGAGUUCUUGACAAGACUCAACAAAUUUUCGUCACUAAAUCGGUGAAAGACGUUGUGGUGGAGGUUAUUGAAGGAGAAGCCCAUAAUGUUCUCUGUCAAACUGUAGAGAAGCAUCAUGCAUCUAUGUUGGUUGUGGGCAAUAAUGGCUAUGGCUAUGGAGCAAUAAAGCGGUUGUUUUGGCGUGGGGUCAGUGACUAUUGUGCUCAGCAUGCUAAAUGUUCCGUUAUGACUGUGAAGAAGCCUAAAAUCAAGAGAAGCUAGGCCAGGUUUUAGAUGAUGUGAAUGACCAAUUUAGUCUACAAUUCAACUAAUGUUAUUUCUUGAAAGCUUUUGUUAUUGGUUGCUAGUUUGUAUAUCAGGAAAUGGGCUAGCUUGUUACUUCACACAAUUGAAUAAUAUGAUCUUUGUGUAGAGAAUAAAUGUAUGCACUGAACAAUAACUGAAAAUUUUGCUAUGGAAAAACAAAAAAGAAUAAAUUGUGGAUCUAAA